AGCAGAGACCUCAUUCGUUGAACUUGAAGAGGCAGGGCCUAAUGAUAUUGGUGACUUCACCCUCUCUUUUCAUUACCAGUUUCAAUAAUGGCUUCAACUGCUCCUGAGGUUAGCCCAAAAUCCAACAAGAGAAAUAGUUUCACAAGCGUGAAAGAACUAUCUCAAUCACCAGAACUCACCUCAAUCCCAUCCUCAUACACCUUUACCCCCAACCAAGAUGAUGAAAUAGUAACAGACCCUGAUAAGGAUGAUCCAAUCCCUAUCAUUGACUAUUCCCUCAUGGUCACAGGUACACCUGAUCAACGAGCCAAUACCAUCCAUGACAUAAAAAAAGCUUGUGAGCAGUGGGGAAUCUUCAUGCUGAUCAACCACUCUGUGUCAAAGUGCCUCAUGGAGAAAAUGGUCGAUGAAGUUUUAACCUUUUUCAAUCUUAAAGAGGAAGAGAAGCAAGAGUAUGCAGGUAAACAAGUAAUUGACCCAAUAAGGUACGGCACCAGCUUCAACGUUUCAAUGGACAAAGUCUUAUUCUGGAGGGACUUCCUUAAAAUCGUGGUGCACCCAGAAUUUCACUCACCUGAUAAACCAGCUGGAUUCAGGGAUACAUGUGAAGAGUACUGCAGAAGAACCUGGAAAGUGGGAAGGGAACUACUCAAGGGAAUAUCAGAAAGCUUGGGAUUGGAAGCCAAUUACAUAGACAGGACAAUGAACAUGGAUUCUGGUUUGCAAAUGAUAGCAGCAAAUCUUUACCCACCUUGUCCACAGCCUGAGCUUGCAAUGGGAAUCCCCCCACAUUCUGAUCAUGGCCUCUUGAACCUCUUAAUGCAGAAUGGGGUUAGUGGCCUUCAAGUGCUUCACAAUGGAAAGUGGAUUAAUGUUACUUCCACCCCGAACUGCUUCAUAGUCAUUGUGUCUGAUCAUCUUGAGAUUAUGAGCAAUGGAAAGUACAGAAGUGUAUUACAUCGAGCAGUUGUGAGUAACAAAGCUACUAGAAUGUCAUUGGCAGUAGUAAUUGCACCAUCCUUGGACACUCUGGUGGAACCAGCUUCAGAGCUGGUAGAUAAUCAAAGCAAUCCACCAGCAUAUGUUGGGAUGAAACAUAGAGACUACAUGGAACUUCAGCGAAGCAACCAACUUUAUGGGAAGUCUGUGCUAAACAAAGUUAAAAUCUGAAUUUGAAUGAGCUCAAGUGAUAGGCUCAUAAAUUUUAUGUUUGUGACAAAUAUUUUGUAAAAUAUAAUAAGGUUGUGUUUGGCUAGGUUGUCAGUACGCGCCGCUAAACCGCUACCGUAGUGAGUAGCGGUAGUCGACCGCGACGCUACGCGACAUUGGCCAUAGCGGAAGGUAGCGGCGUAGCAUAGCAGCAAUACCGUUACCCGCUACACCGUUACACCAUUCCCAUGUUGGAAUUUGAUGGAUAAUCCGGAGAUGAUGAUUAUUUUCUUCAUUAGUUCACUUCUUGUACUUGACUAUUUGACAAUUUUAUUGUUCAUUUGUGUUUAGUUUUGGAUCCUUCCUUUAUGUUCCUUGUAUUUGACAUUGAUUGUGGAAUUAUGUGUUUGAUUUUGUGUGACUUCUUA